GUUUCGGAGUUUGCCCAGGAGCUUGGAGGCGCGAUAGAAAAUCACGCGGCUAACGUCCGACGGAUCGUCGACGAGUUCCGCGGCAGAAGCAGCGAAUCUAGAAACGACGUUGGUGCCAACGGGAUCCGCCGUUUAUGGGAGAGUCUUUUGCGACAAGUGGAGGCAGACGCCGCGGCACAGCUGGACCUCGCGGCCGUUUUACAGCAGCAAAUUUCCCGGCCGGCCCAAGAAGCCUGUUUUUACCGGAAAAUCCAGUCACGAAAGGUGUUUGCUCAUCGUGAAGCGUACGAGCAAGUGGUGAGCAAGACAGAGGAGAAGCUGCAGCGUGCAAGGGUGGAUUACAAGCGCGCAUAUGGGGCUCUUUUGACCAUUAAUGAGAGCACUGCAAGCGAGCAGGAACAAAACAAUCUGAAGCGAGCUUACUUUGAUGCUCACAACGCGUACGUGCUCCAGCUACGUGCAACCAACGCAAUUGCCGAGCGUUAUCAGUUUCACUGUCUGCCAACUUUGCUCGGGGAAAUAGCUGAGGUUUACGAGGAACUUUCCGGACUUACAUGCGGAUGCGUUACCAGAAUUGCUGAAGCUGCUGGGGAGCGCGUCAGCGAACAGACCAAACGGUAUCAAACUAUCGUUAAAGAAGCUCAAAAUAUUUCUGCUCAAAAUGAUCUCCAGGUUAUUGCUAAGAAUCUCUCCAGCACUACUACACCCAAAAAACCACCGCGACGGCUGUUCGUGCCGCCAUCGCCGCCCGAGCAGGUUCCCAUGGAUAAAAUUAAUCAGGUCCCUGCCUUGAGGGAUGAAUUGGUACCGACUGGAAUCAACGGGCAACCCAAUCUCGAGGAUUUGCGCCGCGAGGCUGAUUCUCUUACUCUUGAAAUCGGGAGACUUCAGGAUUCUUUGGAUGCGCUCAUGCGAAUGCAACGCAAAAGCGCUGAAAGCAAUCUAUUCACAAAAGCCGCGGAGCUUCAAGAAGACAUUUCGAUGAAGCGAUUCGACUUAGGU